AUGACCGCGGAUAUCUUCUCAGACGACGCUGAUGAGGAUUCAGCGGAUAGCGACGAGGAAGUGGACUUGGAUUGCGGUCGAGGCGUGGGUGGAGUCUCCUCCACAUCGGCCAAUGCUGUCAGUGCCGAGCGAAGUGGGCAAAAGAAAGUUCUCAAGGCCAUGUCUGUUGGCAUCCAUGGAACCGCUAAGUAUCUGGUCAAAUAUAAUGGAUUAAUUCUUAUAACGGGAUGCCUUUAG